AUGAAAGACUGGCUCAGGAUUUUUGACCAAAACGUGCUGGUCCCUCCCCACCCACAGAGAGCACGCCAGCCUGUAAAGGAAUCGACUGCGUUUCAGUGCGUCCUGAAGUGGCUUGAUGGGCCGCUAAUUAAGCAGGCGUCCGUGUCCUUCCGGGGCAGGGAACCUGGGGAGAAGCUGGUGCUUCUGCGCUGCCCGCGGGACAGUCACGUGAUUGGAGGCUUCCAUGCGGAUGCAGUUCCGGGGACGCUCCCAGUGCAGAGCCACAGCUCAGCACCUCUGUCUAGGUUUGACCUGCGAAGCCCGGCCGCGAUCCUGUCCGCAUCCUCGUCCUUGUAUUUUCACACGUCCUUAAACCACCCUAACAUCGUGGCUGUGGUCGAAGUGGUCACCGAGGGCAGGAGGCCGGAUGGCUCCCUCCAGGCUUUGUCAUGUGGGUUCGGAAUUCUUCGCAUCUUCGGCAACAAGCUGGAGUCUCCUACCUCAGCCUCCCAGGACAAGCGGUUGAAGCUGUACCACGGCACCCCCCGCGCCCUCCUGCACCCGCUUCUCCACGACCCCGUAGAACGUAUCGUGGUGUUUGUGUCUUGGUCCCAGUCCUGCUGCUCCGUGGGCUCGAUGAUGCAGGUGCUGAGUGGGGAAGGGAGGCAGGCUGGGGCCCAGGGUGCCUUCUGGACCCCUGGUGAUAAUGGGGACCGGGCGGUUUCUGGACUUCGUGACUCGGGAGUGCUGGAGGUGCUCUCGGAGGUGGGCUGCUGUCUGCGUGUGUCCCUCUUUGAUGUCACCUACCGACACUUUUUCGGGAGGACGUGGAAGACCGCCGUGAGGCCCGUGGAGCAGCUCUCCAGGCAGCCGUCCAGGAUCGUCUUCGAUGAGGUGGGCCUUGGCGGCCUGGACAGCCGCAUCAGCACCAGGCUGACUGUUCACGUGCCCCUGAAAGCUGCUGCUUGCAAGGAGAGCCCCCACACCCUGGCUUCGAGCGAGUCUCUGCCCUGGGGCUCCUUGGCCUGCUCUCGUGGCCGCAGAGCUCGAGCUGCCACCACGGCAGCGUCUGGAGCAGAGCACUUGACCAUGGACCUCUGCCAGGGGCUCAGUGGGACGCUGUUCGUGUGGGCCCAGCCCGUCCCCAUCUGCUGCGUCUCGGAUGUGGCUCCGCGCCUGCUGUGGCCUGCUGGUGGCCUGCUGGUGGCCGGCCUGUCCUUGGUCUGUUGUCGCCGUCGCGUGUUACGUUGGGCCCUGGAGCUGUUGUGUCGCUGCCGCUGUGUUGGCCGACAGUUCAGCCACAGUCAAGAGCGGAGGGAUUGUUCGGUGACCCGCGAAGGAGUUGCUUGUGCUCCGAGGCAGCAUGCGUGUGCGGGCAAUGUGUUCCUUCUGGUGACUGUGGGAGAAGGGCGCCGGCCGUGUGCUGAGGGGGAUGCCCUCCGAAAGCCUCGCCUUCAGAAGUCUGUCACGUGGGACUUGGAUGAUUUGUUCUUCACGCUCUAUCCUUCCCUGGAGAAAUUUGAGGAAGAGCUUCUGGAACUCCUCGUCAGUGAUCGCUUCCGGGAGGAGGGCAUUCCGCGGGACAGCGGCACGCUGGAGAUCCUGGAGCGGCGCCUGUGCGUGGGUGUGCACAACGGUCUGGGCUUCGUGCAGAGGCCGCAGGUCGUGGUGCUGGUGCCCGAGAUGGACGUGGCCUUGACGCGCUCUGCCAGUUUCAGCAGGAAAGUUGGCUCUUCUUCAAAGGCCAGCUCUGGAAACCAGGCUCUAGUUUUGAGAAGCCGCCUCCGACUCCGUGAGCUGAUCCGUCACCCUGCGUUCGCCAUCGUCUUUCAGCUGGAGUACGUGUUCAACAGCCCUUCAGGGGCAGACGGCAAGGCAACGUCGGUCACCUCUCUGUCCAGCGUGGCAUGCAUGCACAUGGUCCGCUGGGCUGUGUGGAACCCCUUGCCGGAAGCCGGCUCCGGAAAGGUGGUCUUACCUCUGCAGGGUGGGAUCCGGCCCAACCCAUCGCACCGUCUGGUCUAUAAAGUGCCCCCAGCCUGCAUGAGCUCCAAAGAGGUGGAGCAGGUGACGUCGGGGACGGUCCAGUUCCAGUACUCGCUGAGCCCCAAGGGACACCUGGACACGCUGCCAGGGCACGGCCACGGCCCGGAGGCAGAGCAACAGCCCUCCAGGAAGCCACCCGCGUCCCCUGCAAGCCCACCAGCGCUGCCAGCCCGGGGACACGCUGCCCCCCAGGACUCGCCCGUGGGACCAGGGCUGUCUCUCUCCCAGCUGGCGGCUUCCCCACGGUCCUCAGCCUCGUGCUGCCUGGCCACACCAGGUCGCCCCCAACCUGCCGGCUCUGAGCCCUCCCCGGCCCAGGAACAGGGGCUCCCUUUGGAGGGCAGGAUCUGUCACCUGGAAGCCGAGCUGAGCCAGGCGUCCUUGGUCCUGGGAGCAUCUGUUGCCGAACACUUGCAGGAGCUGCCUUUCACACCGGUGCACGUCCCGAUUGUCGCGGGCAUCCAGGCCAGGAGCUCUGGAAGUAAGCUCUCGCGGGCCUCGAUGGUGCUCCUGCAGGCCUCCGGUUUUCCUGAGAUUCUGGAUGCCAAUAAGCAACCAGCCGAGACUGUAAAUCCCGCAGACCCCGUGCAAUUCAACCCUCAGAAGGAAGAAUCCGAUUGUCUACAAGGCAACGAAAUAGUACUGCAGUUUCUUGCCUUUAGCAGAGUGUCCCAAGACAGCCGGGCAGCGCCGUGGCCAAAGACCGUGUAUUUCACCUUCCAGUUCUACCGUUUCCCGCCCGUGACAACGCCGCGGCUGCAGCUGGUCAGGCUGGACGAGGCGGGCAGGACGCUCCCCGGUUCUCUGCUGCAUCUCCUGGUUCUUGCCGACAGAGAUGAUUCCUCCGAUGCUGGCUCUCCUGGCUUUCAGCUCAAGUUCUUGGCGGAGCCUGGAUUCCUGAGGCCCGGAGAGCAGAGUCGGUUCAGCCACUACCUGGCCGCGCAGGCCCUCCAGGUGGACGUCUGGGAUGGAGACUCUCUGCUCCUCGUUGGAUCUGCAGCCGUCCCGAUGAAGCAUCUCCUUCGCCAGGGGCGGCCGGCCGUGCAGGUCUCGCACGAGCUCGAGGUCGUGGCGACCGAAUAUGAACAGGACGUGGUGGUGAGUGGGGACGUGACCAGGCUUGGCAGCAUCCAGCCCAUCGGCGUCUACGCGGUGGUGAAGGGCUGGCUACACCUGACCCUGGCCAACAUAGGUCACGUGUGUGAGCAGAGAGGAAAGGAUUCCAGCACGUUGCCACCCUCCAGGUCACGGGUCAUCUCGAAUGACAGAACCGGCCACUUCGAGGGAGGCAGCCUGCUUAGGCGCGGGGCGCCGAGACCAGUAAAAAACGUGGUCCAAGCACAGAAGCUGGCUGAUGUGGACUGUGAAUUGGCCGCCAUGCUGUUUGUGCCCACGCAGCGCAGGAGCAAAGGGCCCCAGGGCGCCGGCCGCGAGGGGGACGCCGUCCGCAGGCGCAAGCUGGAGCGGAUGAGAUCCGUGCGCCUUCAGGAGUCCCGAGGAGAGCUCAGCUGCUGGGGGGCCAGCAUGUUGGCUCAGCAGAGCAUCCGCGCACAGCACGCACGUGACCUGCAGGUCAUUGCCGCCUAUCGGGAGCGCAUGAAGGCGGAGAGCAUCACCAGCGCGCUGAGCCUGGCCAUCACCACGAAGCACACCGUGCACGUCACGCUGGGCACCGCCGAGUUCUUCGAGUUCGCCCUUCGGAACCCCCACAACACGCAGCACACGGUGACCAUCGAGGUGGACAGCCCUGAGCUGAGCAUCAUCUCGGACAGUCGGGAGUGGAGGUUCUUCAAAGACGCGGCCAAGCUGCACACGCCGGUGGAAGAGGACAUGUUCCGUCUGCGGGGCGGCCUCGCCCCACAGCUCUUCCUGCGCCCCCGGGAGACCGCCCACAUCCCCUUCAAAUACCAGACCUUCUCCGUGGGGCAGGACCCUGCUGAGCCGAGCUCUGAGAAGGGCAUGGACCCCGGAUCGCCCCAGAAGCGCAGUGCAACGCCGACCAAGCACGCCAAGGUAAGGGGGUGGGAGGCCUCUGGUCCCCGACAUUCGCAGGGUCUUGCGGUGAGAGCCAGGGAACAGAGGGAAGAAGCCAGAGAUCCUAAGACUCGGGGGCUCAGCGUGGGCGGUGAGCCUGAGACUUGUCUCGAGGAGGGUGCCAUCCUGCCGUUCAGGGUCUGCGGUGUGGACGGUCGCACUCUGGAUCCAAGCCCCGCUGUAGGGAGGGCUCCUGUUGGUUCUGGCCAGAGGGUCCGGGCACAGAUGAUGGGCCCAUGGGAGCUGCUCUCGCAGCCGGGUGCUCCUGUGGGAAGACCUGGCGAGGAACCCCAGGUCCAUGUCCGAUGUAGUGACCCGAAUGUCAUUUGUGAGACCCAGAAUGUGGGCCCUGGGGAGCCACGGGACGUGUUCUUGAAGGUGGCUAGUGGUCGGAGCCCAGAGAGCAAAGACUUCUUUGUCCUCGUUUACACGGAUCGCUGGCUGGCGACACCUGUCCAAAUAUGGCAGAUCCACCUCCACUCCUUACAGCGCGUGGACGUGUCCUGCGUCACAGGCCAGCGGACCCGCCUGUCCCUUGUCCUUCGGGGGACACAGGCGGUUAGGAGAGUGCGAGCUUUCACCUCACACCCCCAGGAGCUGACAACUGACCCCAGAGGUGUGUUCGUGCUGCCCCCUCGCGGGGUGCAGGACCUGCAUGUGGGCGUGACGCCCCGGAGGGCGGGGACCCGGUUCAUCCACCUCAACCUGGUCGAUGUGGACUACCACCAGCUGGUGGCCUCGUGGCUCGUGUGCCUCUCGUGCCGCCCUCCUCUCAUUUCCAAGGCCUUCGAGAUCACGCUGGCCGCAGGGGAAGGCAAGGGCGCCAACAAGCGCAUCACCUACACCAACCCCUACCCCACCCCGAGGACCUACCGCCUGCUCAGCGACCGCCCAGACCUGCUGCAGUUCAGGGAGGAGUCCUUCCAGGUUGGGGGAGGAGAGACCUACACCAUCGGCCUGCGGUUUGCAUCUCGCCAGAGCACCGGGGAAGAAGAGAUUCUGAUUUACAUCAACGACCACGAAGACAAAAACGAAGAGGCCUUCUGCGUGAAGGUCACCUACCAGUGA